AUGUCCGCCCACAACUCCCCCAUCCUCGCCCCCUCCUCCCCGGCUCUCGUCGGAAAGCCAAUCGCUUCCACCGGUUCCGGCUCCCUCACCAUCGGCAUCUCCCUCGCUGAACCAAUCCUUUUCUUGCAAGGAUUCGAGCGCUCCGAGUACGCUGACCACACUCCCACAAUGCUCCGCGGAACCCUCCACGUGCACGUCGCAAAGCCUACAAAGAUAAAAGCCAUUAACCUCUCCUUCACCGGAAAAGGCCGAACUGAGUGGCCGGAAGGCAUCCCCCCCGCCAAAGACGAGUACUACGAAGAAAAAGAACUCAUCUCCCACCUCUGGCCCUUCUUCAACGCCCACUUCGCCGUCGAGUCCGCGCCCUUCGGCACCGACGCCGGCGUCCGCAACCCCCGCGGCGCAGAGUCCCUCCUUCCCGGCGCCGCCGCCGCAAAGGGCUACCGCAUGUUUGCUCCCGGCGACUACACCUACAACUUUGAACUGCCCAUCGACGCCUCCCUCCCCGAGUCGAUCGAGUCCGCCCGCGGCUCCGUCCGCUACGAGCUCGAGGCCUCGAUCGAGCGCCCCGGCGCCUUCAAGAGCAAACUCCUCGGUCGCAAGGCCGUCACCCUCAUCCGCUCCCCCGCCGAGGCCUCGCUCGAGAUCGGCGACCCCAUCGUCGUCUCGCGCAAUUGGGAGGACCAGCUGCACUACGACAUUGUCAUUGGCGGCAAGGCCUUCCCCAUCGGCUCUGUCGUGCCCGUGGCCUUCAAGCUCACGCCGCUCGCCAAAGUGCGCUGCCACCGCAUCCGCAUCAUGAUCACCGAAAACACAGAGUACUUUGCGCGCCACAAAAAAGUGCACGGCAUCGAGCCCGUGCGCAAGUACCUGCUCUACGAGCACCAGGCCGACGGCGGCGCAAACGAAAACAUCCUCGGCAACCUCGACGACGGCACCGAGACCGCGGGCCCGAUCGAGCUCGAGUUUAACGCCAAGAUCCCCGGCUGCAACGCCGUCGCAAAGGAGUCCCAGCGUCUGCACCCGGACACCACGUACGGCAACAUCAAGAUCCACCACUGGAUCAAGAUCGUGCUCAGACUCUCGAAAGCCGACGCCGAGGACCCGUCCAAGCGCCGCCAUUUCGAGGUCUCGAUCGACUCGCCUUUCCAUCUGCUCUCCUGCCGCUGCACCACCGCCAACGUCUCGCUGCCGGCCUACAACCGCCUCGGCAGUCUCAACUCGGGCGAGCUUCCGCCCUGCCCGUGCGAGGCCGACGUCGACCCCGCGCAGGAGGCCGAGGACCUCGCGCGCCCGAUGCAUCUCCUGCGCCGGCCGUCGACCAACCCACCUCCGUUCGACGCGGACGUGGCUCCGCCGCCAAUGAUCACGCCUCCUCCAGGCUACGACGACGCGAUCAUGGCGCAGGGAGGAUUUUUCGGCACGGCCUCGCUUGACGACGAAGACGACGACGACGACGACCCGGACCGCGAUCUUUUGAGUCUUGGUUUCGACGAGCUUAGACUUGAUAAUCCUGCGCGGUCGCAGGUGUCGCUCACAUCCAACUCUUCGUCUGCCUCGAGCGCGUCCUCUUAAUCAUUUCUUUUGUUUCAUUGUACGAUACUAUACAUUAUCUGUUUUUUGUUUGUGGGAUUUCUAUAUUGUAAGUUACAAGGUCACGAAAAGUUUUAGGUGGUGUCUCUUGUAUAUAUCUGGUUUUAUUUCUUUGUUCACGGCGGCGUUUGGUUUCUACUAUAUAUAAUACAUACCAUAUACACUUAU